AUAAAAAUUAUUUAUUUUAUAAUAAAAUAAUUAAAAGUAAUAAUAAUUAACAUAAAAAUGAGCGACAAAUAUGUGAUCAAAUCGCCGCUACCGUCGGUCGACAUACCGGUGCUGUCUGUCGGAGAGUUUGCCUUAAAUUACUUGAAAAAGUUGGACCCAAACCACAGGUGUAUUAUCGACGCCUGUCUGGAAACCAAAUGGCUGACCGUCGGUGAACUGAUAGCCUCAGCCCAAGCCGUGGCCACAGCUCUACUGGACAGAGGGCUCACCAAACAGGACCUGAUUGUCACGUUUGCCAACAACUCUGUGGAGCACUCAGUGCUGGUAUUCGCCGCCAUUUUCCUGGGAAUCACUUUAUACCCGAUCGGACCCGUGGCUAAUGUUCACGAGUUGCGGACCCUAUUGCCCACUCUGGGCUCAAUAGCCCUGUUCACAGACCGGGACAAGUCAGCCAUCGUAGACAAAGUACUCGCCGACACAACUGUCAAAAUUCAGCGCAAACUAACCGUUAUGUUGGACGGGGAGGGCCGGGAGGACACGUACGUACCAUUUAGUAAGCUGUUGGCCGAAUGUAGUGGCCGUGUGUUGACCCGAGUCCCGCAUUUCCCGGUCGAUCCCGAGACUGAUAUAUACAUAAUGCUGCAGAGCUCGGGCACAUCAGGAGUGCCCAAAUCGGUACGGCUAUCGCACCGGGCAUUCGUGGCCAACAUAUACUGUAAUAUAUACGACAGGACACAGCACUUGAAUCCACUGAUUUUUAGCGAGAUCACUCCGUACGGGUCCAUUUCAGGCCAGAUGUUUUUGUACAGUUAUCUACUGAUUGGCGCAACUUUUGUGGUGUACAGCCGUGUGUCCGAAGAGGCUAUAUUGAGCUCGGUGAAAAAGUACGACAUUAAUGCCAUGUUUAUUAGCCCUCUGUUGGGCAGUCGACUCGUAUCGGAAGACUAUUUCCGGAAGUAUGACUUGUCUAGUGUUAAGUUGAUUAUGAGUUCGGGCGCCGCCUUCCCGGGACCGGUGGCCGAGAAAUUGGUCAAUAAAUAUGACAUUAAUUUACAUGAA